AGAGUGUCCCACUGAAUGAAAGACAUCAGGGCACUGGGUCAGACAACCCAGAUAGUUCAAUCCAGCCAGCUACAGCUAGGCCUAAAUAAGGUCUCUCUCCAGUAUAACAAAAUGAACAUGUAUGCUGUGCCCAAUCUGGAAAUACCAGGCUGUCCACCAGGAUUAGAAUACCUGACUCAGGUGGAUCAGCUGCUCAUCAAACAGAAAGUUGAGCUCGUUGAAGCCCUUGUUGGUUUCGAAAGCAACAACAAGUAUGAAGUACGUAACGCCAUGGGCCAGAAUGUGUUUUACGCUGUCGAGGAGAACGACUGCCUGAGUCGACAGUGUUGCGGCCCCAUGCGCUCCUUCACUAUCCAUGUCCUCGACAAUUUCGGACAAGAGGUCAUCACAGUCACCAGGCCACUGAAGUGCAUGUCUUGCUGCUUCCCUUGUUGUCUACAGGAGCUGGAGGUGCAGUCUCCCCCCGGUAACACGGUGGGGUACGUUACGCAACAGUGGCACCCGUUCUCCCCAAAAUUCAUAGUUGCGAACGAGCACAAUGAGCCUGUACUGAAGAUCCACGGGCCCUUCUGUGGGUGGAGCUGCCUUCCAGAUGUUGACUUUGAGAUUUUGACCAUGGAUGAAAUCAGUAAGAUCGGGAAAAUCAGUAAGCAGUGGACAGGACUUCUGCGGGAAGCAUUCACAGACUCGGACAACUUUGGUAUCCAGUUCCCCAUGGAUCUGGAUGUGAGAAUGAAGGCAGUGAUGAUCGGUGCAUGUUUUCUCAUCGAUUUCAUGUUCUUUGAGACUACAAACUAGGAACCAAACAGGAUAUCCAUGUAUGCAUACAACAUUCCUGGAAGAACAAGGCCAUAAAGCCAUAAUGAUCAGUCCCAAAUGCCCUAACAUAGAAUAACCUUCAAAUGGAUAGUAAUAAUAAAUUACCAAAUAGUACCUAAAUGUUAUGCGCAUGAACAAUGAAAUAGAAGGUUUGUUUUAGUCUUAGCUGCUCAGGUUGGUUGUUUAAAACACUUUACCAGGCUCUGAAUGCACAGUGCGGUGUUUUUAGACAAUGUUUGUGAGAAAGUUUUCAUUUGUGUUUACAUUAUGGUCACAGAGCCAAAAACUUUAGUAGUUACAACAACAAAAAAAUGAAUAGAAGGAUAACAACCAUAUAUAAAUAAAUGAAAAGGGAACUCCAUAUACAGUGCUGUUAUACAGUUAUGAAAGAAAGACUGGUGUCAGCCAAAUAGCACUUAUUUGGUCAUAUUAAUAGUCACGAUAUUAAUUUAUAUAGGACACUAUGCUUGUAGCUAUAUUGUGAGGGCUGAAGGACUUGUGUAAUGUAGUAGUUUGUAGUUCAGAUAUUCAGUGCUCUUAUUUAUUGAUUUAUAUUUUGUCUGUUUAAUAAUGUCAUCGCAGAGCAAAGUGUGUGCACUGCUUUGUUUGUGUGUCUGUGUGCUAUGAGUGUGCUUGUGUGUGUGUUUUAACUUAAACAUAAACUAUCACAGGAUAUAAUAAUAUUUUCGAUGCCAUAACAAUUCUGCAUUGUCAACUUUGUAGUUGAAGUUAUUUUGGGGGGGGGGGCUGAUGGCCUUGAUGUAUUGUCCCAGUCUUGACCACAAGAGGGAGCUAGCUUUUCAUUUAAGAAAAACCCAACACAGCCCACAUGGACAAACUAAAUCCAUAGGUUUUUAUUCAAAUUAGUAUCUGAUGACAUUGUAUAUUUUUGGACAAACUCAGGUUGAUGCAUGCUACUGUAUUAUAGUGUUGGCUACUGUUGGCUCGGGAAUGACACACCUGCACCUGAUACUAUAAAGAUAGAAUCAUAUUAUGGAGGAGGUGUUUGUACAUUAAAUCAUUUACAUAUCCAUAUUUUGCUUGCUUUUCCUGGUGUAUCAACUUGAAUUUUGAUCCUUCUCACAUAGCACAUGGUGUGACAGCUCCACAUGUGUAUAAAAAUGCAAAAGUUAAAUACAUGCAAAACUUUCAUCUCCAUCUGUUGGCUAUUGAUACUGAGUCUGUGCACCAUGCUUCAUGGUAAAAUUUAAAUAUGAUUUAAGGAGUAUAUCAGUCUGUGAAGGGAUGGUAUGAAGUAAAGUAUUGUAGCAGACAAAGACAUUACAUCAACAUUAGGGCUAUUAAGAGCUCUUUUGUAGCAUCGCGAUAAAAAUGUACGUCAUCUGUUCUAGAAAACUGUAAAGAAACAUCCAGCUUAAGUCAUUUUUUUUUUUAACAUUUAUUAAGUCUUAAAAGUCUGAAGGCUUUUAUUUUUCUAAUAAGUGUUGAGUUCAAUGUUUUAUUCGGCCUUUAAUAUAUUGAUUCUUGUUUGUAGAAUUACCUUAAGUGGAUUUAUCUCACCCAUUUCUCACUUGAUUUUAAGACUAAAUACAUGAUACACUAAGUACUUAAGAUAGACGCUUUUGGCAGUCUAUUCUUUUUUUCAUGGCGAAAGUUGUUGAGAAACCUUUAAGAUUAGCCUGAUGAUUAGGUAUGUCUUGUUUAGCUGAAUGCAUUAGUAUAGUAUAAGAUGCUGGUGCUACAUCCGCUGAAGGUUCUUUGUGUUUAAAAGCCAAAAAUUAAAGUCAGAAUGUGAUACUAAGGGAAUUUAGCCACUCUCAUUUAGUUAUAUAUUUAAAAAACAGUUAAAGUACUUAUUCUUCUACUUUUGCACUAAUACUGUGAACUAAUAAACCAUUUCAUCGUGCAAUUAAUGCAAACAAACUCUGUGAGCUAAGCUUAAAUUGUGCAAAUAGUCCAUGGAAACACUUCAAUAAAAAAUGAAUAUUG